CUAGCAUAUACGCUGCGAAUUAGCUCGAUACCAACGCACCCACCUCCUAAAAACGAUAUAUUAUACCUUGCAUAACCCGCAGCAGCAAUUCACACAAAAAAGACGCGCGAUGGAUCAACAAGAAUUGUACACAUCCACAUGGAAUGCAUUAGGCGCAUUUGAUUAUGCUGCUGCUAGCAAGUUGGCUACACGCUUCUUACGAGUAUAUCAGCCCUUUAGUAACCUGCUUGUCAAACUUUGCAAUUGCGAGAAUCUCUAUACACAACUCUCGUUCUUGAAGCCGAAAUGGUAUUAUAUGCGAAAAGAUCCUUUAAACUUGCUGUACCAUUACUUGGCGGAAGAGACAACCAAAGAAAUUGCCGUUUUGGAAAGCCAUCCGACGACCGUCGUUGGCCUUGCCGACACGACUCCACUCUUGGAAAUCCUGCAUGCGCUGGUGGAUCUGUGUCGCGUGCGUCAAACGUUUAUUCACUUAUACCAAGCGCUGCUAAGUAAAAGUCACAGCAGCAGCAGCAGCAGCAGCAGUACAUCUGAUCACGGUGACGCAUCAUGGCCGAAUACCAUCCGUUGGUUUGGUAAAUACCUGGACAAUCUGUAUGCAAAGAUGACGCUCUAUUUCAACAACAUCUUGCUGGACAAGGAACAGUUGUUGACGGAUGACGAUCCGGCAAAGUCAUUGUGGAAGGGCAUCAAGAUUGACUACCACGACCAGAUAUGCACAUUUCGGAAGCGUUUUGGCGCGCAUUGUGUGGGUCUCAUUUACGAGGUGACCUCUGCGGUGCCAUUCCAUCCACAAGGCUAUGUCCUUGCAGACACUCCGUACGAAGCGCCUCAGGGCAUUCAUUCCUUUCCUUUUAUCUACUGUCAACCGAAUCAAGCACCCAAGGAGCACAUGCCCAACAUUAUCUCCAUCAUCCAAGGCAGUCGCAACAAACUAAGCGAUCCGAAAUCCGACCCGGUGUACUUUUACGACAGCAAAAUCGGAAGCACGUACUAUCUUGCCCAAGUGGACGAGCAUGUGGUGCUCGUGGUGAUCUAUCUCGAACGACAGGUACCACAGCGUGAGCCCACUACGCUGGACUUUAUGGCAAGCAUGGUCAGAUCGCUUCGAGGCACAUCGGUUAUUGCUGACCUUUCACGCAUGGAAUAAGCCAACAAAGUAGUAGGGCGAAACCCCCCCCCCCAAAAAAAAAAAGGGAUUCUUGCUUAGAUAAUUGAAUAAAACGAUAUAGAUACCCCCCCCUCUCUCUUUAGUGCACAUAAUACUCCAUGUAUCCUAUAAUGUGAUGUGACUGGGGGAGAGGGGAGAGAGAGAGAGAGAGGGCCUGCUUAUUUUAGAAUACACGUGGUACACACACACACACACGGCGAACUAAU